AUCAAAAUACCUUUGGAACUUUUAACAUUGUGGUCACACGAUCAGAAAGGUUUAAUCAUCAGUGGAGGAACUGUCAUCCUUUUUCAUGAACCUAAUUUUGCGGUUAUUGUGUUCACAUCGGUAUUAUUAUUAUUUGGAGGCUGGAGUGAAACAAACUCAAAUGUCCAAGCGGUGGAUAAUAGGAUAAUCCAGGAGCAGCUGAACCAAAAGACUUUGGAAUGUGAGGAUUUGCAAGGAACAAUCUCCUCAUUAAGACAACAGCUCAGCAGUGCCGUUGAACAGAGAAGCUUUUGCCAAAUUAGAAGAUUGCACAUUGAAAGGCAAAUUGGAAAAGAAAGUUCGUCACAGAAGGAUCAAAAUACUACGAUGCUUCGCCAAGAACAGGCAAACGAUGUUGAAGAACUAAUCAAAAAACUGGGUGAAGUAAUCAAGUCAAAGGAGGAGCUGGUGGCGCGCAAUAAGAAACUUGCGGAUGAGAGCUCGUAUGCAAAGGGUUUGGCAUCGGCUGCAGCAGUCGAGCUGAAGGCCCUCUCUGAAGAAGUCGCAAAGCUAAUGAACCACAAUGAGAGAUUAUCUGCCGAGCUUGAAGUUCAAAAGAAGCCGCCAGCUCAGCUGCGUUCCUCCAUUCCCACCAGGAACGGAGGGAAAUAUUAUAGCUCCAAAAAGCAAGAAACAGGUGUCUUAGCCUCAGAGAUGAAGAAAGAAUUAGCAGUGAGCCGUGAAAGAGAGCAUUUAUAUGAAGCUAUACUUGCUGAGAAGCAACAAAUUGAAGGCGAGUUGCAGAGGAAAGUCGAAGAAUCGAAACAGAGAGAGGCUUAUCUUGAGAAUGAGCUGGCAAACAUGUGGAUACUCGUGGCUAAGCGUAAAAAACAAAGUCCCAAGGAGUUGAAAAUGAUGAACUAA